AUGGCAGCCAAAAUCAUCGUGUUCGGCAGCCUCAAUGGCAAGCUUGAAUCUGCAUUCCAGAAGCUUGCCAAACUGAACGAGAAGCAGAACUUCGCCUUUGCCAUUGUCGCCUGUAACCUCCUCGACGUCGACCAGGAUGCGCAGACAAUAUCCCGACUCCUUGGUGGCGAAAUCAAUGUGCCCAUCUCUACCUACUUCACCGUUGGCACCAACCCCUUGCCCGACCCAAUCGUCAAGCGCAUCGAGCAGGGCGAAGACAUAUGCGAGAACCUCCAUUUCCUCGGAAAGCGAAGCAUCACCAAGACUUCAGACGGCAUACGAAUUGUCGCACUAGGUGGAGUUCUUGACACCACCAUCGUUGGUGGGCUAUCGCAGGAGCAACACCUUCCGUUACAUACGUCCGACGACGCGAAGGCUCUGCGGGGCGCCAACACUGCCGACAUCCUCCUGACUACGUCAUGGCCUUCAGCUGUUUGGAGCGGCUCGAACACGCCCCUCGCACCCGAGCAACAAGCCUCAAUAACGAGUUCGGAUGAGAUAGCCGAGUUAUGCGCCGCUCUCAAGCCCCGUUACCACUUCUCGACAUCGCUUACCGAUCUAUUCUACGAGCGCGAGCCUUUCUUCCAUCAGCAGGCUAAUCCGAAUGACGACAGCAAAGCCAUCACUCGAUUCAUCUCAGUUGCACCCUUCGGCAACCUGACCAAAGCCAAAGCGUUAUACGCGUUCAGCCUCAAUCCGGCGGAACCUAUCACUUCGAUACCGGUGGGUACUACUGUGUCACCAUUCCUCUCCAAGUUGAGUAGCAGAAAGCGCGGCGCCCCUGAUGCUAAGGACCAUUACGGACGCUUCGCUGACGCGCGGGAUCAUCACGGGGGAGGUCGUAACAAGCGAUCUCGGCGACCACGGUCACCUCCUCCCGGACCGGGCCAGUGCUUCUUCUGCCUUAGUAACUCACGGGUAGACACGCAUAUGAUCUGUUCGAUUGGAGACGAUGCAUACGUGACCACCGCCAAGGGACCACUACCGAGCCCUCCCCAUUUCGGUUCCUCGGGUCUCCCCUUCCCCGGUCACCAACUGAUAAUUCCUCUCGGCCACGAACCCACCUUCAAGUCGAUGGGCCAAGAAGCCGAAAAAACAUACAAAGAGAUGAACCGUUUCAGGGACUCCUUGCAGGCAAUGGUUGCAUCUCAAUCGAAACACGAGCUUGGCGCCGUCACGUGGGAGAUCAAUCGGGCGGAUAACAUACAUCUUCAUUGGCAAUUCUUGCCUGCCCCUCUAGAUCUCAUUCGUAAAGGCCUUGUAGAGGCAGCUUUCAAGGUUGAGGCUGAGAACAAUCAGUAUUCAUCCUUCCGAGAGGCUGAUCUUGGCUCGGGUGUCGAUGAGCAAAUCGAUUUCUUCCGCCUAUGGAUUUGGUCGGAUGAUAGCGACACCGGCAUUCAAGACAAGGAACUCGUCAUGCAGCUUGACAACAACUUUCGCUUUGACCUUCAGUUUGGCCGAAAAGUCAUGGCUAAGCUUCUCGGCCUCGAGAAUCGGUUGCACUGGCGGGACGUCGUUCAGGACACCGCAGAAGAGACCCGAGAUGCCGAGAAGCUUAAAAAAGCUUUCAGGCCAUGGGAUUUCACUCUGUAG